CCCGGGCUCGGAGGGGGUCUUCCGGGGGUCGCAGCGACCCCUGCUUUGGACCCAUGGCCGGGCAGAGUCCGCCCUUUCCUGGGACGUUGGUCCGGUCCGGAUCCGAGCCGGCUUUCCCUUCCAAAGGGGGCUGCUUUCGGUGAAGCAUGGGCGACCUCCUCGGGGACCCCAGUGGCGGCCCCCUGCCCCUUCUCUCCCGGCUGGGCUUCGCCUGCGGGCACUUCCUGAACGACCUGUGCGCGGCGCUGUGGUUCACCUACCUGCUGGUCUACUUCCAUGGGGUGCUGGGCCUGAGCGGGGGCCACGCGGGGCUGCUCCUCCUGGCCGGGCAGGUGGCCGAUGGGCUCUGCACCCCCCUCGUGGGCUACGAGGCCGACCGGGCCGGAGGAGGAGGGUGCCCCCAAGCCUACGGGAGGAGGAAAGCCUGGCACCUGGCCGGGACGGUGUGUGUGCUGCUCUCCUUCCCGUUCAUCUUCAACCCGUGUGCCGGCUGCUCCGAGAAGACCCCCGAGUGGGCGGCCCUGGUCUACUACCUGCCCUUCGUGGUCGUCUUCCAGUUCGGCUGGGCCGCCACCCAGAUCGCCCACCUCUCGCUCAUCCCCGAACUCGCCUCCGACCAGCACGAGAAGGUCGAGCUCACCGCCUUCCGAUACGCCUUCACCGUCAUGGCGAACAUCACCGUCUACGGGGUGGCCUGGCUCCUCCUGCACUUCCAGGCCGGACACUCGGACCACGUCGAGGACCUCGGCCACCACGAUAUCCCUGUGUUCCGGAACCUCUCUCUGAUCGUGGUCGGCGUGGGCGCCAUCUUCUCCUUCCUCUUCCACGUCGGGACCAAAGAGAAAACCCACCCGAUCCAACCGCACCCGGAUCCGGAGGAAGAGACGCCGCUGUUGCCGCCGGAUCGGAGGCCGCCUCUCCGCCGGGUCCUGCUUUGGAAACACUGGCUCUUGGAGCCCGCUUUCUACCAGGUGGCGAUGCUGUACAUGGCCACCCGGCUCAUCGUGAACCUCUCGCAAACCUACAUCGCCAUGUACGUCACCAACUCGCUGCGGCUCCCAAAGAGAUUCAUCGCCACGAUCCCCUUGGUCAUGUACAUCAGCGGCUUCCUCUCCUCGUUCUUGAUGAAGACGGUGAACCGGCUCAUCGGCCGGAACCUCACCUACUUCCUGGGUCUGCUGGUCAUUUUGGCCUUUGCGUCCUGGUUGACCCUGGCCGACCGGAUCGGGGUGGAGAUCUACGGGGCGGCCGUCCUCCUCGGGGCCGGGUCGGCCACCAUCUUGGUGACCUCUCUCUCCAUGACGGCGGAUCUCAUUGGCUCCAACACGCACAGCGGGGCCUUCGUCUACGGGGCCAUGAGCUUCACGGACAAAGUGGCCAACGGGGUGGGAGUGAUGCUCAUCCAGAACAUGCAUCCUUGCCCGUUGCUCUCGUGCUGCCCCGGUUGCGUGAACUUCUAUCACUGGGUGAUGGUGGCCGUCACGGGGGGCAUCGCGGUCGUGGCAACGCUCUUCCUUUGCUGCAUCAUGAUCUGGCCGAUUCGCCUCCGGUUUCACGACGUCUCCGUGUUGGGGAUGAUGGAAACCAGAGUCCAAGAGGUCCAGACGUCGGAGGAAGCGGAGCCGUCUCUCGGGGUCAAUUAAGACCCUCGUCGUUCGGAACCAAACCCGGUUGAAAAGGGAACACAGCCCGGCACCAAAGAUUCGAGUAUUUAUUUCAUGGGUUCUCCCCGUCAGACUUUUGACCCCGAGCACACUUUGCACAAACUCGGUUUCAUAGAAAAAACUAUGUAACUAAUUUUUUGUCUUAACUCGUAACUAAUUUUUUUUUUGUUGGUCAUUUUUUUCUUGAGAUUGAAACGGGAUACAUUAAAAGGUGUGUGUGGUUUUUUUUUAAAAAAAAAAUGAAUAAAUCACCUCUCAAAGAAA